AAACGUAUUAUAUUCUUUUUAAACACAACUAUAGAUUUUUAGUACAUAUAUUAAGCCUUAGUAUAUGACGUAGCCUUAGUAUAUGACAGACUCAUAAAUUUUAUAUAAAAUACAUUAUAUUUAAAAUAAGAUAAUCUUGAAAUAUUUCACCUUUUGCUAAAUUUAUAAGUUAUAUACCAGAAAAAAAAAACUUAGUAAAAAUUAGCAUAGACCCUUACGCAAGGAUAUGUUGUGAAAUUAUAUUUCAUUAAAUUAUUGCUAAAAUUUUUCGCUUUACUAAAUUGAUGAAUUUAUUAUGUACUGAAAAUGAAAAUUUAGUAAAGAUUAACACAAGCCCUUCGUAUAAACGUUUAUAUCGUCAAGUUUACAACACGUAAAAUUAUCACUUGAAUCUUUUACUAAAAUAUUUAAAAAAUUCUUUAUAUUUUAGGAAAAAAAUAACGAAAACGUCUGGCAAAACGUAUAGAUUGGAUAAAAAAAUCGGUUUGAUUACUGAACGUAAAAAAAAAGAUUUUCUCUGAUAUUUCACCCAUUAAAUAUUGGUGCGUUCAUAAAAGUAAAGAAAUAGCAACAUCGGGACGAAACAAUUGUUUUACGAAAGUUCUUUGAACUCUAAGAUACUCUUUUCACACAAAGAAUUUCACAAAUCUCUUUCUUUUAACUCAUUUAAUAACGAGCCUUUCUUUGAUAAACUUCAUAUUAAUUAAUUCAUCAAUUUGAGCGAAAUGAGCACAUCAAACUAAUUGUAAGUGAAAUUAUUACUGCAGUUAGGAGAAAAAUUUGCUGUAUCUUUUAUUAAUUGUAACAGAGAAUACCAUUAUUGAAUUAAUAAAACUCCAGAAAAGGAUUACACAAUUUCAAGAAAAGAUGCGGGAGCGGUUUAGAAAUUAAUUAAUUUUGAUUAUUAACAAAUUGCGUCAAAUUGAAUUCAAAAUAUAAGUGUGUAAAAAGAUUAAUGAUAUCUUGGUUGACAAUGUUUAUCAUUUGUAAAAUUAUAAAUUUCAUGGGUUUACAAAGCGAUUAUCUAAAAUUGAAAACAAUAAUUACUGCAGAGACCUUUAAACAUCCUGGUAUAAAAAAUGUCUUCCUUUGCAAAAUUCUUUGAACUAAGUUGGAAUUAUAUAUGCGCAUAUAUUUCUUCUCAAUUUGUUAGUUAUUAAAAUAAAUUUGUAGCGUAUGAAAGACAUAUGUAUUUCCCCCAGUGUGUUCUUCCCACCGCACGCGCAUAUUGGAAUGAUGCGCAUGCUUUGCCUGCGUUGGAUAAUUCCAGUCUCGUGGGAUCAGUAUGUCCUGUGGAAGAAUUGUAGUAAAUACUCGACGCCGAGGUAUAAGAAAGCGCUGAUUGCGAUUAUUGACAUUCGCGUAUGUGUACCUUAUCAUGCGGAAUGUUCGACGAAUUUCCACACUACUAAUAGUUUACGUGUGUAUUGGUUCUGGGUACGCACAAAUGAAUAAUGAUUGCGGGCUGGAUAAAUUUCAAUGUCGUGAUGGACAAUGUAUAGCAAGUACAUUGUUAUGCGAUGGCAGAAGAAACUGCAGAGAUUCGUCCGACGAGACAGAGGCAGAGUGUAAUAAGCCAGAAGUUCUGUGUCAUCCCUAUGCCUUUCGUUGUAAUUACGGUGCCUGCGUAAAUGGAAACUCAGUGUGUAAUGGUAUUCAGGAUUGCGAUGACAACAGCGAUGAAACGCAACCCCAGUGCUUCGGAAACCCCGUAUUUACAUGCAGCAACGGUCAGCGCAUUCAGAGCUCUGACCUAUGUGACGGACGACGAAAUUGUGCGGAUGGCUCCGAUGAGACAUCUGAAUUAUGUAGAUCAUUGCGUUGUCCCUCGACAGCUUUCCGUUGUUCGUAUGGAGCAUGUAUCGAUGGUGAUUUACGAUGUAACGGAGAGGUCGAUUGCGCCGAUGGAUCCGAUGAAGAUUCGAAAUUAUGUAGAGGAUAUGCAUGGCCGACACCUCUACCGACGAUAUUACCACCUGUAACAGAACGACCGUCAUCUCGACCGACGACAUCAACAGUAACAACACGACCAAUACAGACUCCUAGGCCAAUACCUACUGGUGCGAACACUUGCAGAGCACCUCCGCAACUGCAAAAUGGUCAAUGGAAGUUACGAUCGCAAUGUUCAAGUGGACAGGAAUGUUACGUUGUAGAAGGAACGCAAUUGGGAUUAGGAUCUCAUCUCGUCUACUCCUGUAAUUCGGGAUAUGAAAUAAUAGGUCCGCCCGACGUGUUCUGCAGUGGAGGACAAUGGAUUAAUAUACCAGGUUGCAGAGAGAUACGCUGCACACCUUUAACUACAGCGUCUGUCCAAGCUACAUGUACGUACGACGAUAGAUGGGUAUCGUGUGAAUCUCCAGUACGACCGAGAACAAGAGCGGUAUUGCAAUGUCGAAAUAGUUAUCGGCCGGAAAAUAUUGAUCAACUUUCCGGACAAAGGAGGAACGUAAGAUGUAAUGCAAACGGUCAAUGGGAACCGGCUCCUAUGCGAUGCAUUCCAGAGUGCGGCAUUAUACCUCCCAAUGUUAAACCGACAGUUGUAGGCGGUAUUCGACCAAAUAUCACGGAAUUUCCGUGGCAUGCCACGUUAUACCGCGAUGAACCUAGCGAACCCAAAAAAUUUUUCUGUGGAGCAUCUAUUGUUCAAGAGAAUGUCUUAAUAACAGCAGCUCAUUGUGUAUAUGAUGAGGACACUAGGCAAUUAAUUAAAGCUAAUUCCAUUUACAUAUUAACGGGAAACAUCUAUCGCGAUUACAAUUAUAGACAUAAUGAAAAUCUCGUUAAAAGAAAUCAGGUGAAACGUAUUUACAUCGUGCGCAGUUAUCUAGGACUUGUAGGAAAUUAUCUUUGGGAUAUUGCGAUAUUAGAACUCGUCACGCCAUUCGUGUUGUCAACUUGGUUGGUUCCUGUAUGCAUAGAUACUUUAAACGAUAGGAAUGUAUUGGAGGUCGGUUCUCUGGGAAAAUUAGCGGGAUUUGGUAGAACCGCACACGGUGAAUCUAGCGCGCUCCUACAGGCUCUGACAGUGCCCGUAAUUUCACUUAGCCAAUGCAGGUCCGUAAGCCAAAAUGCUAAUACGGAACAAUUUAUCACCAAUGAUAAGUUUUGCGCAGGCUACACGAAUGGUUCUUCUGUUUGUGAUGGUGACAGUGGCGGUGGAUUAGUCUUUCGAACUAAUUUGUGGUAUCUCCGAGGUAUUGUUAGUGUUUCCCUCGGCUCGAUACAAGAGGGUGGAAAUGUUCACUGUGACAACAACUUGUAUUCUUUAUACACAGACGUAUCCAAACAUAUUUCAUGGAUACAAGAUGUCAUUACAAAAAUAGAACAAAAUCAAAUCCAUAUAUUAUGCGCAGAUGAGUCUCAAACAAGAUGUUCAUAAAUUUAAUGAUGAUACCACUAAUUGUUACGUACAAUCAUGGAGGAAAAAAAUUAUCUUGUACCACAUGUCUAUCGAUAAAUUAUCUUUAUUCUUUAUUAAAUUUAUAUGUAAAGUUGCAACUUUACUGAAUGAAAUAAUAAUUAAAACUUAAAAGACUUAGAAUAAGAAGUAUUUUCUUAUACAUAUGUGAUAUAAAUGAGAUUAAUUGCAUAAUUUUAACUGUUUUUCAUUUAGUGAUUUUUAAAAAUUCUUACUACUUUACAAUAUAAAUAUGUAAAAAAUGGAUAGGUAGAAAUAAAAAGUAAAUUGCCAUACA